AUGGAGAAGGUAACCAAUGGAACAUCAAGGAAGAAGAACUCCAAAGAGUUUGGGCUACAAUCGCUGAUGAGGGGUACUCUUCCUCAAGGUCCAAGGCUGCUCAGAUCAGGAGCCCAGUGCUUAGAUAUGUCACAAGGCUCUUGCCAACACCUUCUUUGCAAGGAAAGCCACUGGACAAUCAAUGAGGGAGAAGUGAAGCUCCUUGACAUGGGAAUCAAGCCUAUCAUCUCACGCACAAGGAUGGGAAGAAGAUCAGAGGAGAUAGGGCACACGCAGGGAAUCUCAUGCCUCUCCUUGAGCAGCUCCAAGCCUACAAGCUGGAGUCAAGUGGACAAGAGAAGGUCUACUCCACCAGGUUGGAUGGACAUCAAGUUUUGCAAGACCAACCUCCUCAUUGAGCACAAGGAGUUGGAUGGGAGAUUCCAAUUCAAGUUCACCAUCCCAUUGGCUGGACUCCUCCAAGCUUCUCUGCCCAACCCUGAGCUCACCACGGUCCUAGGAGGUACAACAUUGACUUCAGACCCCCUGUGUACACUUUGGUUGGGCAUGAAGGAUUUGCAAGAAGAAGAGAUCGAGCUCGAUCGAGCUGAGGAUCGAGCUGAGAUCAGCUGA